UUGAUAAGUGCUCCCAGUGGAAAAGUUAAUGUUUCAUACAGAAAACUCUACAGCACCGCACUUACCAUUCGAGUUCCAUCCAGCCGAUAUGUGCAUCGCAUAAUAUCGAACAAAUAUGAAUGGAUUCUUUCAAAUAAAUCAGUACUAUAAUGAUAUUAAGCAAGAAGUUGUGGUCCCAUAUACAGCAACAACAGUAGCUGCCUCAUCCACUCUACCGCCAGCUGUACAGCAUACGCUCCACCAGCCAGUGACCACGGUCAGCGAUGAGAGUUCGGUAGAUAAAGCGGGUAGCCUGACCAAAAGCCAGCGUCGGUUUCUUCAUGAAAGUCCCGAGGCACGUGCAAAACGAUUAGCUCGGAACGCCGAGCGGAUGCGCCAGAAGCGUGCCGCUGAAUCUGAGGAGGAGUAUCGCAAGCGUAUGGCCCAGAAUGCAGAAAGGAUGCGAAAGAAGCGUGCUGCCGAAACAGAAGAGGAAUACCGCAGACGGAUGGAAAAAAACAGCGAAAGUAAGUCGUGUGAGGAAUACCAGAUGCGUUUAGCUAAGAACGCCGAACGUAAUAGGCUGCGGCGGCAAAAUGAGACUGAAUUAGAACGCAGUUUACGCAGGGCCCGUAGUGCUGCCCGCGAGCGUCUCAGGCGUGCGAUGGAGACACCGGAACAGAGGGCCAUCCGACUAGCAAAGUUAGCUGAGCGGAUGCGUUACUCCCGGGCGACGGAAACCCCGGAGCAACGGGCGCAUCGUUUGGCCAAAAACGCUGCCAAGGCCAAAGAGCGCCUACAAAACGAAACACCCGAACAAUGGAUUGACCGGAAACGAAAGAAGGCCGAAUAUGCCCGCCAGAAACGGAGUGCAGCCGCUGAAGCCGCUAAAUUGGGACUCUCGCCGACCUGCAGCUCAUCAAGUAGCACCAGCUCUUCCACCAGCCUCAGCGUAUCUACGAACGGUGACGUCGGUUUCAGUCAAGCACCCAACACCACGUACAGCCUCGACCCGAACCAACCUAUCACGCAGGCAUCUAUCGUCAGUUUACCCACGGCAACGGUAGACCUGAAGGAUGUAAAGCUAAUAGCACCGCACAAGGUGGUAACACAAUCGCUUCAACUGCCCGAACAAAUCUAUGCCACAUCGCAUAUCCCGUUCACUGGGGCCGACCUGAAACCCCCGGAAUUUCUAACAAACACCAGUCACCACGGACAGACCAUCGUGCAGCCUGACCUGUACAAGUUUCACAUUCUUCCGUACACGUUCUCCCCUACGGCCGGAGCCGUACACCCUACACAAGCAGAUUAUAAAAGUAAAUAGCUGCGGUGUAGUAUCUCUCAACCAAGAUACUCCCUUACAUUUAUCGGUGAAGCUGUAAAGUAUUAAGUGAUCUGCUCAUACAGAUUGAAGCUUAAAGAAAUUUCAUCAAAAUAAAUCUUCAAUUGAGUGUAGAAGCGAGUGGCUACCAACAAUGUGCAAUGCAGAAAUGCAUUUGUAAACUUUCAUUUUGUGUUCCAUAGCCUGCUAGACGUAAUAUUACGACGUGUAAUAAGUUGAAUGCUCGAAAUGCAACUGAAGAAAACCAGCCGGAACAAGAAAAGCAUAUGAAUUAGUAAUGCAUUCCAAACGGUCACCAAUUUAAGUAUCGGUAACAACGUAACCUCAACGGGGUAAAUAUAGCAAGAACACAAUAGGGCACAACAUAUGUUUGUCUUUCGAACAGUUUUCACUCGUAAAAAAAUGAGUAGUAAUGUGUUUUACUCUAGUCACGUGUUGGCAGAAAAUAAAGUUGAAAUAAACAUAUAAGA